AUGUCUUUUCGCGGCGACGAGCAGCGCCGGUAUGGCUCCGUCCCUCCCGUCCAGUAUGCGGUAUCUGGCAACCACCAAGAUCAACACCAACACCAACAUCAGCAUGGCGCUGGUGCAGCUGGUGUUGGCCGACGGCCGAGCUUCAACACCGGCGAUGAAGCAGCCUACUACAACCAGAGCCAUGACCGAAACGCUUCGUUCGAUCAAUCUGUACGUGGCGGCGAAGACGAGCUGUUCUUGACGAGUCCAGUUGGCGGCGGCAAUCCACCCAUCGGUCGCUACGCUUCCACCAGCAGCGCCAUGUCUGGCUAUCAACAUCAAUACCAAGAUCCAACUCCUCCGACCCCGUCACAGUCCGCAUACAAUCCUCAGAAUUUUGUCCCGUCCUCGAACACCGGUUUUCAGAGAUCGCAAUCCACGACGCUUCCCUAUCAUUCGGCGUCGCGCUUUUCCACCUCCAGCGCAGGCUCUUAUAACGCUCCAUCGCCAUCAGCUACAAACUAUACACCGCAAGCUUACAAUCCUGCUGCGUAUGCCGCUACGAACACCGCUCCUCAGAGACAGGCUACGUAUCACGGCCAUGGAUAUGCAGGACAUGACCAAGGCUAUGCAGCCGGUGUUGGAACGGCAGGCGCACAAUCAUACGGGCAUUCUCCCACCCCAACGCAUACUUCCACCUUUUCGCAACCAAUGCGGUCCCCUUCCUUGUCCUCUAGCUUCCAGCAGUCUUUUCCAACCAGCCCUUCGUCCUUUGCUGGUUCUACCUCAACGAAUCAAACAACAACAACAUACGAUCCUUCACACUACACGUCGUCGACUCAGUAUUCCUCUUACAGCACAAAUGGUGUUGCUCCUUAUCCAACCACGGCGGCUCAGCCGCAAGCUCCUUAUCCAACAGCGUCGUCCCACAUUCCUGUCGGCCCUAACUACUCGUCUAGCCAUGACCAUCUCUCAUACUACAACCGCCAUCGCUCAGACUCGCAGACUUCCCCCGGCACCUCCCCUUACAUGCAGCCUCAGUCAUCGCCUGGGCUUCAACGGCAUCCAACAAAUGCUCCUCUACCAAGCCGACCAAUGGAGGAUGUGCCGGAAGAAGCGACUCCCUGGGACGAACAUGGCCGUCCCUUGCCCCAUGAUGACGACGAUGAUGAGAGAAUCACGCAGGAGACCAUAAUGCAAGACAUAGAGGCGGAGCUGGGUGGUGCGGGAUAUCGCUCCCAACACAGGCCAUCGCCAAUUGCUGGUCAGGUAUCUGAGGAGCAGGCUCAACGACUGAGAGCGUAUAGCUCUGCUUCGGCACGCUCUCCCGGGAGUCGAUCCUCUCCUGGCAGAACACCAAGUCAGCCGCGCUUUGACGACGACGACGACGAUCCAGAAGGAACAGCUGGUGUGUUGGCCAUGCAACAAGCAGAGCUCGAUGACCAGCGAUUUGGUGGCGGUCCGUUCAUGUAUAGUGGUCCUGGCCCUGCUCCAGCUGCUCCCGUCCCAGCCGCUGUUGCGGCUCCUCCUGCCACAACUCAACCAAAUCCACCACCGUUCCCAUCCGAGGACCAGAACCACAGCAGUGACAGCGAUUUUGGCGGCAUGGAUCUUGGCAUGCUGAGUGGGGGGUAUGCCGGGACUUUGGCUUAUGGUGCUGACAUUGGCACUCUGCCUGGAUCUUCCUCCAUGCAAGAUGGCCCCAGACCGCUACCAACACCCGGAUACUACAACUCUCUGAGAGAAAACUAUGACAAUGCCGCUGCCUUCAAUAAUGCUGAGAUGGACUAUGGAGGUACAGGCGGAUUGCAGGCCCCGGAAGCCCACCGACUUAGCUUUGAUGAGGGCCGGGAAGAACGAGUCUCCAUUCAUUCGCAGCAAAGUGGCACUGAAUCUCCAACCAAAGACGACUAUCAAGACCUGUUUUACCACCCUGGACUUACUAAUCGGCCUCUCCCAGCUCUACCGCCGGGCCCUGGUUCUGAUAGUAGCUCCAUGCUCUCCGUCCAUAAUAGUGUACGAUCCCAACACCAACAAUCUCAUUCCGUAAAUGCCGAUGCCAGGUAUUACCAGGCAGAUGGCCCUGAGAACUUCUACCAACAAGGUGGCCAGCAGACGCUGCACCCGGAGCGAUCAAUUUCGCUCGGUGGCCAUAGCCAUACUCCGCAGAUCCAAACUCCUGCGAGGUCAAGAACAGACGCCGCCGAAGAGCGCAAGAAGGUCAAUCGUCACCACCAAAUUACGCACCAGGGCCCAACCUUUGAGUACGACUCGACGCCAGCGGCGGCCGCUGGCGCUUUCGAUAGUAUCACGCUCCCUAGUGGACGAAAGAAGAAGUUUGUGCCUUCCAAACUCACAGCUGGCGACUUCAACAGGUGUACACAGCCAUGGGCAUUGAGCGGCAUCGAGGGCUGGAUUCGCGCAUUGGGUGAGGGUGAACCGGACCUGCGAGAGAAAACCAUUGAAGAAGCAGUGACGAAUCUAUUCGUAUUCAAGAUUCCCACCAUGAAUGUCGCAGACGCCGAAGCCUUGAGCAGUCAAACAGUUGCCAAUAUGCUUGAAUCUCAAGUCCUUCUACCUGAUGAGGAGUGGGUCAAAUUUGGAGACGGCCAUAUCUCAGGCGUGCUUUGGCAGUUGACCGGGCUGGGUUGCUAUGCACCGAAGCUUCAUGACGUUGAGAUCAGUGGUCGAUGUUAUUCUCAUCAUUGCACAAGAACUCUGAAGAAGGUCGACUUGGAGGUUUUCUCGGAAGACGUACAGGGAGCAGAUGCAUGGCAUGUCUUCUAUCACUUAACGAAGGAAGAUGUGGAUUCGAAGCCAAAGAAGGAGGUCGAACGCCAAAAUAUCCUGCACGAAAUUGUCACGGGCGAGGAGAAUUAUAUUAAACAGCUGGAUAUUUUCCGGACAUUGUAUAGAGAUGACCUUCGGACGAGGAACCCACCAAUUAUUCAUCCCGACAAGCGAGACAAGUUCUUGGCCGCCGUGUUUGGCAUGCUUGACACUGUUGUCCGUAUAAACAAGGACCACCUGUUGGCACAGCUAAAAUACCGCCAGCAGGAACAGGGACCAUGGAUCGUUGGGUUCAGCGACUUGUUCCGAGAGUGGGUUCGCAAAGCGAAAUCCGUGUAUACUGAAUACGCCAUCGGUUACCCGCGAGCUGCAUACAUGGUCAGAAAGGAAGCCGCUCGGAACUUGAUCUUCAAACGAUUCCUCGAGGAUAAACAGAAGCACAAGCUAUCGGCUAAACAAGACUGGACUCAUUUCUUGAUCACUCCCGUGCAGCGACUUCAGCGUUAUAUUCUCCUGCUUCAAAGUGUCGAGCACAAAAUGAUUGGAGACAGUGAAGAAAAGGCAAACUUGCAAAAGGCUAUUCAAGAGAUUCAAACCGUCACACAUGAAUGUGAUUCCAAGGUGGCAGAAACCAACAAGAGAGUUCAAAUGAUGGAAUUGGAUCGAAUGCUAGUUCUCAGACCAGGAUUCCAGUCUGUUCUCAACCUUGACCAUCUUGGCAGAGUAUUGAUUAUGCAGGGCGAACUCCAAAGGAUGGGCUCGAAAGGCAUGAGAUGGGUUGACUCCCACGCUCUGCUUUUUGAUCACUAUUUGAUCCUCGCCAAGGUGGUGGUGCCGAAGGACGGGAAGGGAGAAAGGAAGUACGACGUGUCAAGAGAGCCAAUUCCGAUGCCCCUUUUAUUCCUGGAAAGUAUGAAUGACGAGCCAGUCAUGAAACAAAAGGGCUUAACAGCACCCCUUGGCAGAACCACUGCCGCGCCUGCUGGCGCGCAACUGAAUAAGGUUCCAAGCAAUGGUACUGGCAGACCCGGUUUAGAACAUACACCGACAGGAUCCUCAGGAACGUCACUGGCACCAACGACAUCCAAUGAUACGGAAGGAAAGAUUUUGUAUCCUUUCAAAGUAAAGCAUCUUGGUCAUGAAGUGUACACGCUCUACGCAUCCUCUGCCCGAGACAGGCUCGAUUGGUGCAAUAGCAUUAUCGAAGCCAAGACCAGGCAUGCCAAGGCUUUGUAUGCUCAGAAUGCCGAACCAUUCAGGCUUCGUGUUCUUGCAGAUGCUGCCUUCCACUACGACGCUGGCUCUAUGUACGCCAGGGCAUCCGGCGUUCCUGUCAAGGGCACGCCACUCGACAGAGCGAUUCAGGAUUUGGAAAAGGUCUUGGGCUCCGCGCAAGGGGUUGCAGCAGUAUGUCGUGCACAAGUGAAUUGCGCCACAGGAUUUUCGGCAUUUGGAAAGUCCGUCAUUGCCAUUGGAACGGAUUACGGUGUGUAUAUUACCGACCCUUCCAAUCCUCGUGGAUGGAUGCGAACCGUGCAAAUCGCUCGAGUUACCCAAAUUGCUGUGCUAGAGGAGUUUUCGAUUUGUCUCGUGAUUGCGGACAAGUCGCUUAUCUGCUACCCGCUUGAUGUGAUAGCUCCCGUGUCCGAAUUCGCUGCACCAGUCAACGACAAUACGCGCCGUGCACCACAACGGCUUGCAAAAGAUGUGACGUACUUUGCAACGGCCCGGAUGAAGGACCGAAUGCUAGUCUUUUACAAGCGCAAAGAAGGUCUACACACAUCUUUCAAGGUUCUAGAGCCAAUAUUUCACAAGGCAACCGAGAAGAAGUCUCGGCUUUUUGGCAGCCGCAAGACGGGUGGUGGUAGCACCGACACUUUCCGCGAUUAUGACGAGUUCUACCUGCCAACAGAGUGCUUUUCGCUUAGCAUCUUCCAGACGUAUAUCGCUGUCUCAACCUCCAAGGGCGUUGAGAUGCUUACGCUGGACAAGAAGCAGCCAAUGUCGAUUCCUGAUCUGAAGGCACCAGCCAUUGCAAAUAUUGCAGGGCGCAUUCGAGACCAACGACCACUCGGUAUGUUCCGCUUGAAUGAGAACGAGUUCAUCGUUACGUAUGAAGACUGUGCUGUAUAUGUGGACAAGCAUGGCGACGUCAGUCGCACUCUCAUCAUGGAGUACACUGGCAAGCAGAAGAAGGCUAGAGGUGCGACCAUGUAUGGGCAGUAUCUACUGCUAUUCAACGAGGAUUAUGUGGAGGUGCGUAAUGCAGAGAAUGGGCGACUUCGACAAAUCAUUGCCGGAAGAGAUGUGCGAGUAAUCGACUUUGGUAUCCGGGGUCCGACAGGUGGGAAUGCUGCUCAAUCACAACAAGCCUAUGGACCUAACGGGCAGUCGCACUUGGCAGGGGACACAUCCAAGGCCUCUGUGAAGAUUGCAAUGUGCCAUCCAGAGCUACCAGGCCGCCAAAUCGUCUUGGAAAUGCUUCUCAAUGAUGGCCACUCCGAAGGCUAG